UGAGUGAAAAUGUAAAGACGAACAUUUGUUUACGAAAACUGAGCAGUCAGUAAUACUCGGGCUGCAGUGAGACUUUAGAAGCCAGGGUGCACAGCUUCCAUCAUGAUGGGGGGUAGAGGAAUGGUCAUGGGAAGGAAGCGCCCAUGGGGUGACCAGUGGGACUGCGGCCCACCAACCUUUCAUGGGAACAAAUAUCCGCGUUUCAAAUGUCCAGGGGAGGAUGAGUUAGAGAUACUGGCAAGACGGCAAAUGGCUCUUAUGCGCCGCAGGGUGAUGCUUCGCAGGAUGGAAAUGAUGGAAGACAGAGAGUUCCUGUCAGGCCCAGAUUUCAGAUUAUCCCCAGAUAUGUUAGAAUUUCAUGAAAGAGGAUUUUUGGGACCACCAAGACCUUUGCGACCAACAGGACUUUUGGGACCCUUGGAACCUUUGGAACCAUAUGGACUUUUGGGACCCCCAGAACCAUUAGGACCCUUUGAUCCUCUGGAACGACCAGGGCCUGUGAGACCCCCAGAACCAUUAGGACCCUUUGAUCCUUUGGAACGACCUUUGGGAUGCCCAGAACCAUUAGAAACCUUUGACCCUUUGGGACGACUGGGAGGUUUGGAACCCCCAGGACUUUUGGAACCCCCAGGACCGAUGGGUUCCAGAAGGGGGCAUAGGGGAGGUUUUCCAGGAAACUAUGAUGUUGACACAAUGAGAGAUUUCGGGGAAGACGGUGCAGAAUUUAGUAGGGAAAUGCGACCUGGUGGGUUUCAUGGAAGAGGUUUUCACCGUGGAUUUGGUCCAGACUUUCAAGGUGGAAAUGGAGGCCGGAAAGGUGAUGGUGGAAUGGAUGAAGGAAUGGGCGUUUUUGAACAGGAACGUGGUGGUGGCCCCUUUGAUGAAUUUGGCAACCAUGGUCUAGGGUCUGGUGGGAAUGUAGACCGUGGUGGGUUUGAGAGAGAAGGCAGAUGGGAGAAGCGCGGAGCUUCCCAUUGGAGAGGAAGAGAGAAAGAGGAGGGGAAAAGUGACCAUGGAAGGAAACAGGGCAGGGAAACUAGUAGAGAUGCAAAGAAAGUGGGAAAAAUCGAAGGGUCCUAUGGAGACAAAAGUGAAGGCAACAGCAGCAGACAAUGGGCUAUGCUCUUCGGAGACAGCAUGCCCAAUUUCGCUGACACGUUCAAGAACGGGACAGCGGGUGAGCGUGAAGAAAAUCAAACAGCAGUGGAACCAGGCAGCAGUGAUAGCAAAGCUGUAGAGGCUGCUACUGGAAAAGCUUCUGCUGAUGGUGAUAAGGCUUUAGGUGUUGCUCAAAGAAACCAUUGCACCUAUGGUGACAAGAGUGAUAGUAACAGCCGAAGGAGAUGGGCCUUACUGCUUGGAGACAGCAUGCUUGAGCUUUCUGGCAUGUUUGGUGAGAAGAAAAACAGAUCAGAGUGGGAAAACUGCAGAUGUUGAUCGUCCUCACUCUCAGAACACUGAGAGUAAGCAUGGGUGGAAAAGUGGACAAGGCAGUUGCAGGCGCGGUGGCAGAAGUGGGAACCAUGGUGGACUUGGUGGAAGUGGCAACUGGGUUGUAUUUAGUGGAAGUGGCAACCAUGGCGGAUUUGAUGGAAGUGGCAACCGUGGCGGAUUUGGUGGAAGUGGCAACCGUGGCGGAUUUGAUGGAAGUGGCAACCGUGGUGGAUUUGAUAGAAGCGGCAACUGUGGCGGAUUUGGUGGAAGUGGCAACCGAGUAAAAUUUGGUGGAAUUGGCAACGGAGGCGAAUUUGGUGGCCACAUUGAUGAAUCCGAUGAUGAAGAUGACAUUGGUCGCCCUGGCACUGGUGCUUUUAUGGGAGUGAAACAGAAUGAAAACGGUAGAAAAGAGACAAAAGGGAAAAAGAAAAGUACUCCAGUGAGUUUUUUCAUUGAAACGAAUAGUUGUACGUAUGGUGGUAAAAGUGAUAGUAACAGCAGGAGAAGGUGGGCCAUGCUGU